AUGGCAAGCCUUCGUUUCCAAGAUAAAGUGGUAAUUGUCACGGGCUCCUCUUCGGGCAUUGGCAGGACCAUUUUCUGGGGAAAGGCUAUCUUCGCUCAGUCCGAUGUUGGUGAGGCAAGGCAGAUGGGAAAUCUCGUUCAGGAAGUAGGAAGAGAGUUUGGAUGUCUAGAUCUUCUUGUGAACAAUGCGGGAGUUGGGCUUGAACCUCGCACCCCGGCAGUGUGCCACCCGACGGACGAGUCUUCUGUAUUCUUAGGCUACAAAUAUGCCACUGCUAAGAUGUUAGAACAGCCGGCGCAUCGUUCUGGAGACCGUGGCUGGAUUAUCAACAUGUCUUCGAUCAUGGGUAUUAUUGCUGGGUUGGACAACCGCAAUAGUUUGACAAAGCAAGUCGCACCGGAUUACGCCCCGUACAAAGUCCACACUGCAACCCGCAUGACUCCCUUGGACGAUCUGAAUCGCCGUCAUCCCUUCAACGGACCAGGGUAUUCAGAUGAUAUUGCCAGAAUGGCUGUUGUCUUGGCCAGCGAUGAUGCCAAUUGGGUUACUGGUGUUUGCCUCCCAGUGGAUGGUGGAUGUACUGCUCGAUAG